UGCUGCCCUGCCGCUGCCGAGCUCCAGAGAGCGCGCGAAUCACUCGCAGCAGCCGGGGAACGCAGGUCGAAAUGCGCUCCUCUCCUUAGCCACUCGCCAGACUGCCCCGCCCCCUCUCCCCUCUCCAGCCACCCGCGAGGGCAGAGCAGCGCCAGAGGCUUGCCGGUAGCAAGACCGAACGGCGGCGGCGAGCAGCCGCCCAUAGAGCCGCUCCGACAGGAUUCUGGCUUCGGCAGCUCCGACGACGGACCUGAGCCUCGGCCCCUCGCCUCCUCUGCCCAAAGGGGCGUCUCGGAUCUCAAGGAAGGCAGGUGUGGCGUAUCUGCUGGCUACCACGGCUGCACUGUAAAGGGAUGGCCUUCAGGAUCCUCUGGGCAAGGACCCCCUUCUGCACCACUAGCCUUGGACUUCUGCUCCUAAUCUACGCCCUGCCUGCAGAAGGACUAGCCCAAAAACAUGGUCCUGAUAUCAUUGACGAUGACAGCAAAGACAACAUAACCAUCUUUACACGCAUCCUGGAUCGUCUGUUAGAUGGCUAUGAUAACCGACUGAGACCUGGUCUCGGAGAUACAGUAACUGAAGUCAAAACCAACAUCUAUGUGACAAGUUUUGGCCCUGUCUCAGACACUGACAUGGAGUACACCAUUGAUGUCUUCUUCCGGCAAUCCUGGAGAGAUGAGCGGUUGAAAUUCGAUGGUCCCAUGAAGAUUUUGCCCUUGAAUAACUUGCUAGCCAGUAAGAUUUGGACCCCAGACACCUUUUUCCACAAUGGAAAGAAAUCGGUGGCCCACAACAUGACCACACCAAACAAAUUGCUUCGGCUGGUGGAUAAUGGCACUCUCCUUUACACCAUGAGAUUGACCAUUCAUGCAGAAUGCCCCAUGCAUUUGGAGGAUUUCCCCAUGGAUGUACACGCCUGCCCACUGAAGUUUGGGAGCUAUGCCUACACCACGACAGAAGUCAUCUAUACUUGGACUCUGGGAAAAGUGGAGGUGGCUGAAGGUGGCUCCCGCCUCAAUCAAUAUGACCUCCUUGGCCAUAAUGUAGGCAGAGACUCCAUUGAGUCUAGCACAGGAACCUACAUUGUGAUGACCACUUACUUCCAUCUCAAGCGCAAGAUCGGAUACUUUGUGAUCCAGACUUACUUGCCCUGCAUCAUGACAGUCAUUCUGUCCCAGGUUUCCUUCUGGCUCAACAGGGAGAGUGUCCCAGCCCGAACAGUGUUUGGCGUGACUACAGUGCUGACCAUGACCACCCUGAGCAUCAGUGCACGGAAUUCCCUUCCCAAGGUGGCCUACGCAACAGCUAUGGACUGGUUUAUGGCAGUUUGUUAUGCCUUUGUCUUUUCUGCACUGAUUGAAUUUGCUGCCGUCAAUUAUUUUACUAAGCGCAGCUGGGCCUGGGAAGGCAAGAAGGUGCUGGAAGCUCAGGAGAUGAAGAAGAAAGAGCCAGCCACAUUGGCUAAGAAAACCAACAACACUUACAACAUUGUGGGGACCACAUAUGCUCUCAAUAUCACCAAGGAGCCUGCCCUCCCAACCAUUGCCAAGAGUGCAGCUGCUCCCACAGCCACACCUGCUGCUGUGGUGGUCCCUGCCGUCAAGGUGCCCCGAUUGGAAGAGAAACCUCUGGAGAACAGGAAGACCUACAACAGUGUCAGCAAGGUAGACAAAAUGUCUCGCAUUGUCUUUCCAGUCUUAUUUGCCAUUUUCAACAUGGUGUACUGGGCAACGUAUGUCAACCGGGAGUCAGCCAUCAAGGAUAUGAUCCCCAAGGAUUGAAACUAGCUGUGCACCCUCCAUAUGUCCAUGCAAUUCCGGACAGAGGAGCCCUGGGGGGGUGCUUUGGUCCCCCUGCUGAUACUAUAAUCAUUUUUACCUUUUAUUAUGAUUAAUAUUAUUCAGCUGACUUCCUUCCUUUCCUAUGUGAAUCAAACUGUGAUUUAAAAAAAAGAAAGAAAACAAAAUCAAUAAUGUUAUUGGAUGUAUUACCUUUACUGUUUGGGGCAGGGGACGUCCCUGAGAGACCCACGGGGGAGGGGGGAGUGUGUCUAUCUUAGAGCCUGACAUUCCUUUGCUCCAAUCUGGCUAACUCCUCUCCAACUUGCCAGGAGCUGGCUUCCUGUCUUGCUCAUCUUGUGUGAGACAUACCGAGGGGCUCCUGAUGCCCGUGGCCUCUGGGGAGCUGGAGGAAGGGGGCUUUCUCACUGGAGUGCCUAGGGCUUCAGUGAGAAAGAUGUCCCUCAUUUGGAGAACAUGUUAGGUCCUCUUGGAGCAACUUGGCCAUUCAGAAAACAUGAUGAGAGUUGAAGGGAUAACUUUGCCUAGCAGGCAGAUGAAGGACAGCCACUCACAGAAUCCAGGCAGGUCCUGGACUCAAUACUUGCACGUUCUCACAAAAGCUGUUAGGAUAUAACAGGAACAGCAGGUGUCAAUACUGAACAGGUGUCUGUUUCAGGAACUUUGCAGUUUUCUUAUGCCAGACUUUGUCCUCCAUGGGUAGUUUCUCUGAAUUUUUCACUGGAUCUAUGGUUCAGAAUUAUGUGUCUCUGGUCAUAUAGCAGUAAUAUAUGUAGCAGAUUUUAUUAUCUGUUAUUAUCUAAACUGGAUUUUGAAAUUUUGUAAAUAUUAAGUAAGCAUAAUUGGCUGAUGCAGCAUUUCUCUGUUCUUUCAGAGAAUUUUUUUUUAUUUUCUUCAUUAAGCCAUGUGCAUGGACACAUGUGCACAUUAAAACAUAGUGCACAGUGGUUUCUUGAGAAUGCAUUUGUGGAAUAAAUGAAUCAACAUAUGCAUUUCCAAUUUUAUUUCCCCAUCAAUAUACACAUGUGAUAAAUGUGCAUUUAUAGUCUAUUGAAAUAUUGCCAGUACACAAGAAGCACUCAAGCUCAUUGGAAGCAUUUCCUGUGAAAUUGAGCAGAUCUUCUGCAAGCCUGAACUGCUUCCUUUUGAGGAGAAGAGAAAGAAGCUGAUCCACCUUUCAGUGUAAAGAAUAGUUUGAAUCAAAAGGAGUGCAGGUACUUUCCCACCUUCUGGCCCUCCAGCCAGCAGGAAUAUCAGAAACUAUCCUUGACUUGGAAGUGAUCAAGCAGAAAGGGGAGAAACCUGUAUAGGUGCUCUCUGGAUCCCCACAGGCUUCUUCUGCAGACCUGUCCUCUUGGCCAAUAUUUUGAAAGGGAGCCUAAGUUCAUCUCAGAUUCAGCCGCAGCUGGAGGAAAGGGAGCUGCUUGAUCUCUAUGGAGUCACUCCCACAGCAGGACAAGGGUGUGCAAUUGCACGCUCCUGCACAUUGCACCAUGCCCAUAUUUAAAGAUGAGGAUUAUUUCAGGAUUGAGGUUUCAGCAGCCUCCUUAUUAUAGGCUACUUGUGAAGACAGAGAUGUACAAAUAGAAGCGAGCUGCACUUAAUUAUUAUAGUUGCAAAUUAUAAAACAUGUGAAAUUGGUAGAGAUUGGGCAAAAGAUUGGGCAAAAGAUUGGGCCUCUGGUGGCUCAACAGACUAAGCAGUCUGUUAUUAACACAGCUGCUUGCAAUUACUGCAAGUUCAAGUCCCACCAGGCCCAAGAUUGACUCAGCCUUCCAUCCUUUAUAAGGUAGGUAAAAUGAGGACCCAGAUUGUUGGGGGCAAUAAAAGUUGACUUUGUAUAUAAUAUACAAAUGGAUGAAGACUAUUGCUUAACACAAUGUAAGCCGCCCUGAGUCUUCGGAGAAGGGCGGGAUAUAAAUUCAAAUUUUUAAAAAAAAACGUAGUACAAAACCAAAUUGCAAAGAAUAACCAAGAAAGACAUGGUAAGAAAAUUGUGGGAUUUCUGAUAUGCCUAAAAAUAAUAAUUACCACUGAACAAGUAAAAAGGAGACUAAAAUACAAAAUAGAAGGAUGAAAAUAUAAAGUAUGGCUUUCCUAGUCUUUUGGCCAGAAGAGGAACUCCUCCCUAGUCUACUCUCCAUUUGAUGGCCAGGGAGCCCUCUGCUUGUCUCUUGUUCCUUGGCAUCUGGCAGCCUUCCUCUGUUUCUCACGGAACAAUUUUCUUGAGAAGGCCUGGGGCUUGAUAUUGAAGUUUUGAACCUAUGGGCAUAAAAUAUGAAAUUCUUCAUUUCCCUUAAUUGUCACAAUAGUCUGAAUUUAAGUUGUUCUGUUUUGUAUACACACAUAUUGAAGCAUUUCCAUUUGAACCCUGAACCAAAAGCCCAUUUUUAAAGACACCUCUUUACUCUCAGCCCCCUUAAUAGCACAUCCAGCAUUUGCUGUCCUGAAUCUUGCCCUUCUGUCUCUCUUGCUUGGCUCUCCAAAGCCUCUUUGGGGGCAGAGGUGCAAGAAGAAGUCCCCAGAGCUCAGCUGAGCAUCUGCCUUGCCUGAAAAGCCUUUUCCCGCUCCUGGAACUCUUCACCUGGAGAAUCUGAGGCUGGAACAUUGG